AGAUUCGUAUGAGCCUCAUGAUCCGCCAGUGGUGAAAUGAGAGGUGGUCCUGUAGUAGCGGCUGCUUGUCGCCAUGAACCAUAGAUGGGGGCAUUCGGGGGCAGCAGCCGUCUUGGUUUUGGGAUUCGUCGCCAGCGAACUCGCUGCCGGUUCUACUGCCUCUACCCUUCCGCCCCAAGUUAAGAUAGGUGCAAUUUUUACAGAGGACGAGAAAAAUGGCCCCAACGAGUUGGCUUUCAAAUAUGCUGUUAACAAAAUCAACAAAGACAAAACUUUGCUCCCGUAUACAUCACUCGUGUAUGACAUCCAGUAUGUUCCACGAGACGACAGCUUCCAUGCAAGUAAAAAGGCUUGCCAACUGGUUCAAUAUGGUGUCCAUGCAAUCUUCGGUCCGUCAGAUCCGUUACUGGGAGCUCACAUCCAUUCAAUAUGUGACGCUUUAGAUAUUCCACAUCUGGAAGCUCGUCUUGAUGUUGAAAGUGAUAUUAAAGAAUUUUCUAUCAAUUUACAUCCUACUCAACAUUUGCUCAAUGCCGCUUUUCAGGAUGUCAUGGAGUUUUUAAAUUGGACAAAAAUCGCUAUUAUCUAUGAGAAGGACUAUGGCCUAUUGAAGCUCCGGGAGUUGGUGAGAUCUCCUCAAAAUGGGGGGCUUGAGAUUCACCUACGGCAGGCGAGUCCGGAGUCAUAUCAGGACGUUCUCAAGGAAAUUAAAAAUAAGGAGAUACAUAAUCUUGUUGUCGAUACGAAGCCUUCAAAUUUACAACAUUUUUUAAAAGGAAUUUUACAACUACAAAUGAAUGAUUAUAAAUACCAUUACCUCUUUACCACUUUCGAUAUGGAGACAUUUGAUUUAGAAGAUUAUAAGUACAACUUUGUAAAUAUGACUGCCUUUAGAAUUGUGGAUACUGAGGAUGUAUCGGUGAAGGAGAUUAUUAGGAGUAUGUUCAAAAGUCAAUUUAAUAGGGAAAUGCGGCUACUAAACUCUACUUUUAUCCAGGCAGAACCCGCUUUGAUAUACGAUUCUGUUUUCGUGUUCGCUGUCGGACUGCAGACGCUUGAACAGUCGCAUACCCUUAGACUGUCGAACUUAUCGUGUGACAAAGAACAACCCUGGGACGGUGGACUGAGUCUCAUCAACUACAUUAAUUCGGUCGAGAUGAAGGGCUUAAGUGGUCCUAUUGAAUUCAAAGAAGGCCGUCGUAUCCAGUUUAAACUCGAUUUGCUCAAAUUAAAACAACCCGCUUUAGUCAAAGUUGGAGAAUGGCAUCCUGGAACCGGCGUGAAUAUUACCGAUAGAGCAGCUUUAUUUGAACCCGGGACAAUGAAUUUUACCCUUGUAGUUACUACCAUUCUGGAAACACCAUACGUGAUGAUGCAUACAGCAAAUAAUUUCACUGGAAACAGCAGAUUUUAUGGUUUUUGUAUCGAUAUUCUUGACAGGAUAUCUCAGGAGGUCGGUUUCGAUUAUUUACUUGAUGUAGUACCAGACCGGAAAUAUGGAGCACGCGAUCCUCAUAGUGGAAUGUGGAAUGGCAUGGUAUCACAGCUAAUGCAACAUAAAGCAGAUUUGGCCGUAGGAUCGAUGACAAUCAACUAUGCCCGGGAGAGCGUCAUAGACUUCACGAAACCCUUCAUGAAUCUUGGGAUCAGCAUUCUUUUCAAGGUUCCAAAAAGUCAACAAGCCAAGCUGUUUUCUUUCAUGAAUCCAUUAGCUACGCAUAUAUGGCUCUACGUUCUUUCUGCUUACAUCUUGGUGUCAAUAACGAUGUUCGUAGUAGCCAGAUUUUCACCGUGCGAAUGGCAAAAUCCGCAUCCGUGUGAAAUUGAUAAUGAGUUGGUAAAAAAUCAAUUUUCCCUGGCCAACUCCUUUUGGUUUACAAUUGGGACUUUGAUGCAACAAGGAUCAGAUUUAAAUCCAAAGGCUACUUCGACCAGAAUAGUUGGGGGAAUUUGGUGGUUUUUUACACUUAUUAUCAUAUCGUCAUAUACAGCAAACCUAGCGCCUUUUUAACAGUAGAACGAAUGAUAACACCGAUAGAAAAUGCAGAGGAUUUGGCGGGGCAGACCGAAAUUCCUUAUGGUACCUUGGAAAGUGGUUCUACGAUGACGUUUUUCAGGGAUUCGAUGAUAGAGACAUAUAAAAAAAUGUGGCGUUUUAUGGAAAAUCGAAAGCCCUCCGUAUUCGUCCCCACAUACGAAGAAGGAAUUCGGAAAGUCCUCGAUGGGAAUUAUGCCUUCCUAAUGGAAUCUACUAUGUUGGAUUAUAUAGUGCAACGUGAUUGCAAUUUAACGCAGAUCGGAGGACUUUUAGAUUCUAAAGGAUACGGAAUUGCAACACCUAAGGGCAGUCCUUGGAGAGACAAAAUUUCUCUGGCUAUUUUGGAACUGCAAGAGAAAGGUGAGAUUCAGAUGCUGUAUGAUAAAUGGUGGAAAAACAAGGGUGACACCUGCCACAGGAAUGAUAAAGGAAAGGAAUCCAAGGCCAAUGCCUUGGGGGUCGAUAACAUCGGAGGUGUAUUUGUAGUUCUACUAUGUGGACUCGCAUUUGCAGUUAUUAUUGCCAUCGCUGAAUUUUGUUACAAUUCUAGAUAAAGUGCAAUAAAUGACAAAAGAUCUGCCAGUGUGCCUCAUCAAUCUCUUUGCUCAGAAAUGAAGGGUGAAUUCUGUUUUGCUCUUAAAUGUGGAGGUUCUCGACAAAGACCUGCUCUUCGAAGAAAAUGUUCAAAGUGCAUGUCCGGAGUGUCAUAUGUUCCUGCCAUGCUGGAUAUUCCUCCACAUCCUCCAUUACCUCCAUUAAGGGCUCCGCCAAGAAAUGUAAUAUCACCACAAUUAAGCCUCUCGCCCAUAACAAGGCGGGAUCCAUUUGAUAGUUAGUUACUACACAGAGUUAUCAAGGAAUUUAAAAGCCGUUUAAAUCAGAUACCCAUCAUGGAAGUGAUACGACGGAUGUAUUAUAAAUAACUGUGUAAAAAGGCACAUUUGCACAUUUAUAGUGACAAUCUAGAUGUUUUAGGUAUAAAAUAUGUAAAAAUAAAAUAUUUAGUAGUUUUUA